AUGAAAUACCUGAUCUUACAGGUAAUGCAACUUCCAGGGACCGUCCUGACUGAGCUCGAUGCAGCAAAUGCCUGCGCACGCUUCUACAGAGCUGUCACGGCAGAGGACUAUUGGUUGAUAUUGGCAAGCCUACUGGCCUCUGUGGCCAAUUUGUACAUUGUCAUCGAAGUUGACAUUGCGGAAGAGUUUCCUUGGGUGGAAGCUACAUCCAGAAUGUUUGGACAGCUGGAUCAAAGAGGGGCAAAGACGAGACUGAGAGUGAUUUUGGUGACCAACAGGCCUGUGGUAUCUGCGGAGGACCGACGUGAUCAUCUUGUCAUCAAAGCACCUUCAAAUAACGCUGUCACGGGUCCCAGGUCGGGCACACAAAGCCGAAGGGGGGCAGGCAUGAACGGUAUUCGAAGCAGAGCAUCAGGGAGACGAGCAUUACGGUUGACAUAA